AAUUGGGAUCUGUAGUGGCUCUGUGUUGAAUGGUCAGUCGCAGAGAGAAGCGUUUUGUCUGAAGCCGUGACUGUAAAGUAGGCUUUGCUAUUUUGGGUUAGUCAGUCAAAGAGUGUCUUCAGACAGCGGGAGACAGAUACGCGCGCGCACAGGCUCUCCAGACGGAGGUUGUGCUUCCAGUCUCUUGAUACGCGCAACAGAUUUCUCCUUAGUGACAGAGGGGUAUGCGCUUUUGCAUUUAAUGUCAUUGCUUGUUUUAGGCACUUGCGCUCUAUUAAUUUUUCAAGACCUGUUUGUCACGCCGGAACCUUUUGAGAAGACGCUUUUCCUUCGGAUUUGGAGAUGCUUUUGAGACAAUAACAACGCAUGCAAAGGAUUGAGACAGCUCAACAAAGGAAGCGACAAUCAUCUUGAGAGUUUAUUUCAGUGCCUGUCGGAACCCAACAUGGAUACCAGCAAGGGCACAGUGUUUUGUGCCACUUUACUCAAACUUGCUGUGCUCGCGACAUUGGGGCUGUACGUCUCGGCUAAAACUCUGAAAUACCAAGUUCACGAAGAGCAGAAGGUGGGUACAGUAAUCGCCAGACUUCGAGAAGAUGUCGCUGAUGUUUUGUCCAAACUUCCGAGCACGAUUCCGUUACGCUUUAGAGCCAUGCAGCGCGGCAGCGCGUCUCUUCUCUCCGUGCGCGACCAGGAUGGAGAGAUCAGCAUCAGGACCAAAAUUGACCGCGAGAAACUGUGCGAGAAGAAUCUCAACUGCACUAUCGAAUUUGAUGUCCUCACCCUCCCAACGGAGCACCUACAGCUGUUCCACAUCGAAGUGGAAAUUUUGGACAUUAACGACAAUGCGCCCCAGUUCGCGCGCCCCGUUAUUCCCAUAGAAAUUUCAGAAACCGCCGCCGUGGGGACGCGCAUUCCCCUUGACAGCGCCACCGACCCAGACGUCGGAGAGAACUCACUGAACACAUACUCUCUGACCCCGUCUGACUUCUUUAUGAUAGAUAUUCUAUCCAGAACCGAUGGCGCCAAGUACGCGGAGCUCGUUGUGCUUAAAGAGCUGGAUAGAGAGGUGAGAGCAAGCUAUGAACUCCAGCUCACCGCCUCAGACAGGGGCGUUCCCCCAAAAUUUGGAACAACGCUCCUGAAAAUCAGCAUAGCUGACUCAAACGACAACAAUCCGGUGUUCGAGAAGCCAUCUUAUGUGAUCAACUUGCUUGAAAAUUCCUCUUUAGGCAGUUUGCUUAUUGAUCUGAAUGCCACUGACCCAGAUGAAGGGACCAAUGGUAAAAUUGUAUAUUCUUUUAGCAGUCACGUGUCACCUAAAAUUCUAGAGACUUUUAAGAUUAAUUCUGAUAAUGGUCAUUUGACACUAAUGAGGAAAGUUGACUUUGAAAGCACAAAUUCGUUUGACAUAGAUGUUCAAGCUCAAGACAUGGGCCCUAACUCAAUGCCAGCACACUGUAAAGUCAUAAUAAAAGUGGUGGACGUGAAUGACAACAAACCUGACAUUAGCAUCAAUUUGAUGUCCACUGGGAACGAGGAAAUAGCUUAUAUAUCAGAGACGGCUCCUGUAGAUACAUUUGUGGCUCUGGUGAGGGUAGAUGACCUGGACUCUGGGUUGAAUGGAGAGGUGGAUUGCCAUCUCCAUGGCCAGGGUCAUUUCAGGCUGCAAAAGACAUAUGAGAAGAACUACAUGAUCCUUACAAAUGUCACUCUGGACCGAGAGAAGAGGUCUGAGUACAGCUUGACCGUUAUAGCUGAAGACAAAGGCUCUCCAAGUCUAUCAACCUUCAAACACUUCACUGUGCAGGUCCAGGAUGAGAAUGACAAUGCGCCGAAGUUUGAGAAGAGCAGGUAUGAGAUUUCCAAGGCGGAGAACAACUCACCAGGAGCUUAUCUGUCAUCUGUGAGGGCCUCAGAUCCAGACCUGGGCCCGAAUGGUCAAGUGAGUUACUCUAUACUUGAAAGUACAGUCCAUGGGAGCUCCAUCUCCACGUAUGUAACUAUUGACCCCUCGAAUGGAGACAUUUAUGCGCUACGUACUUUUGAUCGUGAAGACGUGAGUCAGAUCUCGUUCUUAGUCCAGGCCCGGGAUUCUGGAAGUCUUCCACUGUGUAGUAAUGUGACCAUCGUGUUGACCAUCUUGGAUGAGAACGACAACAGGCCAGUCAUCAUGAUGCCUCAGCUGUGGAACCACACAGCUGAUGUUCCAGUAUCCAAAUACGCAGAGAUCGGAGAUGUUUUAACUGUAGUCCGCGCGAUAGACCGUGAUGCUGGCACCAACGGUGACCUGUCAUGUUCUGUAGUAGGGGGCAAUGAGGCAGGUUACUUUGCCAUGGAUGCUAAAACAUGUGAAAUUCGGACCAACGUCAGCAUGCAGGACGUCCCACAGGAUCACGUGGAGCUGACCGUGCUCGUGCAGGACCAUGGUGCUCAACCCCUCAGCGCCAGAGCCCUACUAAGACUUUCACUUUAUGAAAACAUUGAGAAUCACAUGAAUCCCCAUCUGACAGGUGGAGGAACUGGAGACGGCACUCUAGACGUGUCCAUGAUCAUCAUCAUCUCCCUUGGGGCGAUCUGCGCCAUACUGCUCCUCAUCAUGGUGGCCUUUGCCCUUCACUGCUCACGCGAAAAGAAGGACACUCGCUCAUACAACUGCAGGGUGGCUGAGUCUACUUAUCAACAGCACCCUAAAAAACCCUCACGUCAGAUCCAUAAGGGCGACAUCACCCUGGUGCCCACCGUCAAUGGGACCCUCCCAAUCCGUGCACAUCAUCACUCACCAACCUCCUCACCCGGACCUGAACGGGCCCACAUGGGCAGCCGGCAGAGCCAACACAGCCGCCAAUCACUGAACAGCUUGGUCACUAUUUCCUCCAAUCACAUCCCUGAGAACUUCGCCCUGGAAAUGACACAUGCCACGCCCCCUGUGGAGCAAGUCUCACAGCUCCUCUCAAUACUCCAUCAGGGUCAGUAUCAGCCGCGGCCAAGCUUCAGAGGGAACAAAUACUCUCGCAGCUACAGGUACGCCCUCCAGGACAUGGAUAAGUUCAGUCUAAAAGAUAGUGGGCGUGGCGACAGUGAUGCGGGCGACAGCGACUGCGAGAUGGGCCGUGAUUCGCCCAUCGACCGGUUGCUAGGCGACGGCUUCGGAGACCUCUUCCACAGCGACGGACACCACCGUCUCCACCCAGUCAUGAAAUUGUGUACGGAGGAGUGCCGUGUGUUGGGUCACUCUGACCAGUGCUGGAUGCCAUCUCAGGCGUCUUCGGAUUACCGUGUGAACAUGUACAUCCCUGGAGAAGAGAGCAGGCCUCAAGUCCUCGAGGAGGAUCAACAGUCAGUCGACUCAGCUAAGAAGAGCUUUUCUACCUUUGGAAAGGACAACGAGGAGGAAUGCGGCGGUUCGCUGCUGUCAGAAAUGAACAACGUCUUCCAACGUCUCCUGCCAACUUCUUACGCUGAGGUCAAUGAGAACGAAGGAUGCACUGGCCAUCCCACUUCCUCCAUCGGCAUGGAGAUCAGAAAGGGCUUCCUGCCGGGUAAGGUGUCAUCUACAGCUCCCUCCUACCCGCAAGGUGUUGCUAUUUGGGCGGCCAAUACUCACUUUCAAAAUCCUGGCAGUGCCGUGACGAGCGGACACGGCUCGACCAAUCACGCAACAUCACAGGCACAUUUAAAAUGGCUGCCGGCGAUGGAGGAGAUCCCAGAGAACUACGAAGAGGACGACUUAGAGAGCGUGCUCAGCCAGCGGCAGGGAAAACGCAACGACAUGAGACACGAAGUUGUCGACGCUAGCGAACUGGUUGCCGAAAUUAACAAAUUACUUCAGGACGUACGCCAGAGCUAAACAAGAAUCUGUUAAAGAACAUUUCCCUGUCUCUUUCUUUUUCGUUCACUUUAUUUUUGUAGAGUGAACUAAUCAUUUAAAGGAGGAGAGAGGGAGAGAGUUCAGCGCUGUAGCCUUGAUUGAGUCGCAUGUGGAAGCAUUUCGGUUAAUAUUGUUUACUUGGUAUGACUUUUUUGGUCUUUUCGUACAAAAGUGAACACAAUGUGAUUGUAAACACCUUUUAUGUGUUUUUUUUUUUUUUUUUUUUUUUUUACUCCGUAUUUAUAUAUGUGUAUAUAUGUGUUUGUACAGAAAGCAAUACAAAUGUCUAUUUUUAUACAGUAUUUCACUGCAUGUAUCUAAAAUUAAACCAAGAUUUGUUUGUAUACUUGAAAAUGUUUAAUGUGUGUUUGAGCGUGUGUGAGUGUGCGUAAGAAUGUUUUAAUCGAUACAGAUUUCACAGUGUAUACAAACUAUUGUUGGUGGUCCAGUUCUCUGUUAUCAUUAUUGUGACAACUGAAAUACUCUUACCAGAAUGGUUCUCUUUCCAUGGUUUAUCAAUUACUGUGAAAUAUUUCUUGGGACCUUAUAAGGAUUUUUCUCUUUGUCAGCAGAUCUUUCUGUUACAAUUUUUCAAUAAUGUUGCAUUAAAAACAUUCAUUUGGAGAAA